AGCUCGAUGAGUGGAACAGAAAUAUUAUAUUUAAAAGAGAACAGUAAGUUAUCUGUGGAAUGGUUUACCGAUGAAGAUCUUACAAUUUCAAAGCGUUCCAGUUUCUCAGUGUAUUACCUGGGCACGUCUGGAGGUAUUCUGGGUUUCAACUCCGUGUCCAAUGCUGUUAAACUAGAAAAGCUGCCAAGUUAUUCAAGGCACCAUUACUACUAUUAUUAUUACGAUAGCAAUGACAAUUAUAAUCAGUUUAAGGUGACAGGUUGGAUAACAUCUCUUUCAAAAUCACCCAUGGUUUUCCAGACACGUACGAGAUUUCCGGUCGAAGAUCUAUUUAUUGCUCCGCGCAACGGCAUCUACAUGGUCACGACAAAACUUCACGUUCAAAACGACGUCGUUUUAGAAGGCACCUGUCACGUAAAACUUCAAGUUUCAGUCGAUGGCGAUGUUUUAGAUUUCGUCCACAAGAAAGAGUUGAAUCAGUCAUUGACUACCUUAACCAUAACGACAUCGUUAGAGUUGGAGAAGUGGCAAGGUGUUGCUGUACAUUUUAGUUAUGAUCGAAUCUACUGUCAAAACAUUACAGUAUUACCAGGUGGUGUCUUUUCCGUCAUCUAUCUAGACAGUGCAAAACAAGAGUUCACAUUGUGGCCAAAUCCCGGUCCACAUAUCGUAGAAUUCCCAGCCGAAGCUACGGUAUAUGUGCGUGAAGACAAACGUACCUCAUUGGUCAAAUGUCGAGCUGUAGGAGACUCAGAAAACAUCAAGUAUCAAUGGAAAACUGGCGACGAUAAAAUCCUUGGUGAAUCUAGCACAUUGGACACCACGAAAAUUGGUCAUAACUCCAACUAUGUAAAAUGUGUAGCAAAUAUGAAUGGGUUACUGGAAGAGUCCAAAUUUAUAACCGUCGUAUCCAUUGAUCCUACAGUCCAGUUCACAGAUACGUACAGCAACAGAAUAUACUACUUACCAGAGAAGAAUGAAACCCACCAAACAGGUUAUGAAAAUGUGAUGGAAUUUGGUGUAAAAGAAAAUAAGACUAGUUCCUAUUACUGGUACUGGACGAGAAAAAUCCGUUGUUCUAUAACGAAAGGCAACAUGAGUACUUUCUUCAUUUCAAGAAAAUAUUCUUACUACAGCGGUGGUGAUGGCGAAUUUUUUACGCUUCGCGCUAAAGUUGAAAAACUUGAUCGCGAAGUCCACGACAAAUACGUACUCGAAAUAACUUGUGUGAAUACGGAGUACACAGAUGCACCGUCAGCGGUAACUAACAUUACAAUAGAGAUCCUUGACUACAAUGACAACGUUCCUGUGUUUGAAAAAAAGAUAUACUCCAAGACGAUUUCAAACAACAUCAAACCAGGAGAGGAAAUAGUUCAAGUGAUCGCAAACGACGAUGAUAUAAAGGAAAAUGGCAAGAUAUCUUACAGUUUGAAACUUGACAGUAAUAGUUACAUAUUUACCAUCGAUAAGCAUUAUGGAUUUAUAUCGCUGAAAGCAAACGAAAAAUUAACUCAAAGAUCAUAUCGACUAACUGUUAUCGCUACAGACCAAGGAAAACCACCUCGCAAAGCUUUCGUUACUGUUGUACUCGAUGUUCAAGAAGGACCCGUUACGGAUAAUAACUAUCCAGUAUUUUACAAACAUCAGUACGAAGCCCGGCUGUACGUGGGCGUACCAAAAGAUACAUACGUUACAACAGUACGUGCUCAUGACCCAAACACAUUUGAUGAUCUGCAAAUAAAUUACUUCAUGUUGCCAAGUGGUUUAGAGAAUUUCAAAGUUAACGAAAGUAACGGUGAGAUCACCACUAAAAGAAAGCUUACGGAACGACAAUAUGAUUUUAUGGUUGGUGCUGAGUACAGUAAACGGUCAACACAUAUGGAGAAUGGAUUUUACAAUACCACAAAAGUUGUUGUUUAUGCAAACUACCUUGAUACAACAACUCCUCGUUUUACGAAGCUAAUAUACCAUGGUAAAAUGAAAGAAGAUAAAAAAGUUGGAGCCAUACUCAAUGUCCGCGUGAAAGCCAAUUAUAACAACAAGAAUGUUCAGUACUCUCUAUCUGAAAAUGAAAAAAUGUUUGAAAUCGAUGGGACAUCUGGAGAGAUAACCUUAGCAAAGCCAUUGGACUAUGAAAAACGAAAACUUCAUUUUUUCACUGUGACUGCCUCAUCAAGUGAUGUGAAUCAUGUGAAGAAAGAAGGUUUUUCUAUCGUCGUCGUUCACGUUCUUGAUGUCAAUGAUAACGCACCGAUUUUUAAAUCGUAUCCGCGUAAAGCCGACGUUACACUGGGACAAGGAUAUCAAGAAAUUGGUCGAGUUUAUGCGACUGAUGAGGACGAUGGAAAAAAUGGAAAAGUCGGAUACUAUUUAGCUCAUGAUUAUAAUGGUCUAUUUUCCAUUAACACUACCAAUGGAAGUUUGUAUUUUAAUGGUGGACAGUUACUGCAAGUUGCUGACAGUUACUUGUAUACUAUUGUAAUCGCAAGGGAUGAAGGAAACCCUUACAAUGAAAGUGCAGUGUUAAUUCAUGUUACUCUACAUAAUCCGACGCCACCCACGACUGUAGAACCACACUCUAAUGCAACAGAACGUUCAAAUGUUUCAACUUUUUCAAAUGGUUCAAAAGGUUCAAGUGGACACAACAACACAAUACUCAUUGUUUCUCUUGUCGGAGGAGUUGUUUUCUUGAUAGCAUUGAUUUUGGGCUUUGUUUUUCGCAAGAGGUGUACAUCCAACAGACAGGCAGCUACAGCUAUGACAUAUAUCCACCUACCACCAGAUGAAGAGGAUGAAGAAUUAUUGGAUGUUGAAGGGUUCAUGAAACAGGAAAUAACGAGAGAAGGCUGAGCCUAAUCUCAUCUGCAUCUGACGAAAACUUGUUAAAAAAUCAAUAACCUUAAUGAAGUUUUUUUGGUAUGAUGUUUAACAUUAAGAACAUUAAUUAACUUCCAUAGUUUAAUAAUUAAUUUGAUUAGGCGUAUGCAAGAAAAAACUCCGUUGUUGAGCAGUUGAAUAAAAAUAGACAAAUGAAAAAUCA